UACGUUAAGGUGGGUCAUAAUCUUUUUAUUUAUUUAUUUUAAUCUGUUUUCGGUGUCGAACCUGGGUUUCGUUUGAAAACUUGAGAGUUAUAUAAACAAACGCACUGAUUCUGUUUUUUGGUGGAGAAUAUCAGACGAACUGUAGUUUCAGCGCUAAAGCUAUCGCAGUUCUCAGAGGAGCCCAAGUGAGACAAAAGAGACUUGCCACAGAAAUGAGGCUGGCACAAGGCGUCCUGUCGCUGCUUUUCUUGAUUUCUCCUUAAAGAAGGGUGAGAACCAUGGCUCUUCAGGCGUCUCCAUUUCCUAAUGGAUGUGCUGCGGGCGCCCAUGCUGUGGGAUGGGCAUUAGUCCUGCCCUGUUUCUGGUUUCUUGAUCGCCUCAUUGCGAUUUGCAUGUCCACUACCCUGGAGCGACGCCAGCGACUGGAGCAGGAAUGCUAUCUACAUCCUCUCAAGGUCUUCUUUGGCUCUGUCAUCUUCUUUAUUCUAUUUUUGGUUACAACCCCUUUGGCAUUGCUGGGUUUUCUGCUAUGGGCCCCUCUUCAGGCCUGCCGCAGACCCUUCUACUACCACUAUGUGACACCGUCCCCUCCGACAGAGAAAGACCAGGGCUUUGAGCCGACUGGAAAAAUGUCAUUUGGCUUUGCAACAUCCAACCUCUGUCUUUUGCCUGACAGUUUGGCCCGUUUCAACAACCUCGGGGACACCCAACGCAGGGCAACAGCCAUUGGCCAGCGCAUUGUGCAAGGCUUAUCUCAAUCCCAUAGUCACAUUUUUGUUGAAUCCCCUAACAAAAGCAUACUUGCUGUAGGUAAAUUGCCUGCAUAUGGGACUACAGACUCCCAGAUCCAUCCCCAAGUAAUCCACCAGUCAGACAGAGCCUCACCUGAAGGUCAUACUCCAAUUUCAAUGUCCAGUAGUCUUACGAUUUCUAUACCAUGUGAUGAUACUGUUGAGCUGUCUGCUGGGUCACCCACUCUCCUCACCAAUUCCAAUCAGAAUUCCAACCAACAGGACCAAAGGGAUGUCCAGAGUGCUCCUCAAGCUUUACUUUCACAUGGAGUCCACCAAAAGGAUGGUGUACCUUGGGAAGUGUCACCUUUGUUUCCAGCUAAUGUGGACAUACUGUGCCUGGAGGAGGUGUUUGAUAAGAGAGCUGCACAGAGGCUCACCCAAGCCCUAAGUCCGGCAUUUGGACAUAUACUUUAUGACAUUGGAGUGUAUGCCUUCCAGCCGCCAUGUAGCUGUUCCCACUUCAAAUUUUUUAACAGUGGCAUGUUUGUAGCCAGCCGCUUCCCUGUACUCGAGGCCCAGUUCCACUGGUUUCCCAACAGCCGUGGGGAAGAUGCACUGGCUGCUAAGGGCCUCCUAUCUGCUAAGGUGCUAGUAGCACAGAAUGAGAAUCAGAAGAGACUGAUUGGCUAUUUUAACUGCACACACCUUCAUGCACCAGAAGGUGAAGGGGAAGUCCGGUGUGAGCAGCUGAACUUGGUGACCAAGUGGAUUGGAGAGUUUCAAGCUGAAAACCAACAGCCUGAUGAAAAUGUUGUUUUUGACGUGCUCUGUGGGGAUUUCAACUUUGACAACUGUUCACCUGACGACGCUCUGGAACAGAAUCACUGUCUGUUUGAGGAAUACAGGGAUCCUUGCAGGGCGGAGCCUGGAAAAGAUAAACCCUGGGUCACUGGCACUCUGCUGGAGCAGCCCACGCUGUAUGAUGAGGAUGUAAAUACCCCAGAAUGUCUCCAAAGAACUUUGGAGACCGAGGAGCUCAGAAAGCAGUACAUCUCUCCCCCUGUUCCCGCUGAGGGCCGUCCGUUGAUUUACCCCGAAUCUGGCAACCCUUGGAUUGGACGUCGGAUCGACUACAUCUUGUACCGCGAGAGCUCCACUGCAAAGCGCUACCGAACGGAAAUUGAAAAGGUGACAUUCAUAACCCAGCUGGCUGGCCUUACGGACCAUAUUCCUGUGGGCUUGAGGCUUCGCGUAAUCUCGGACUGACUGUCCUGAUGAAUGAUUAAAAUGUAUAAUAACAUAAGAUGGGAACAAAAUGUACAUAUUUCUACUUUACACGGGUACAAUGCACUCAGAUUUUAAUUGUAACAAUUGCAAUAAAAGUGACCAAUGACAAUUCCUCAAGUAAAAUUAAUGAUUUAUUAAUUAUUCUGAAACUGUUUAUAUAAUUAAAGUACUGUAAAUGGGUUUUCUCAUUCCAGAUAUAUUGUUUUUUUUUAAUUCUGAAUUGUUUUUCUGUCCAAAUGGAAUAAAUGGA